GGAAUCGGAUCAAUGAACAGUUUCCCCAAUUGGUGUCGAGAGUCGAGAUAGUAGCCCUAUCACCUGAUAGUAUCAUAGUAUAUCGUAUCGUAGUAGAUAAAUAGCUUUAAAUUGAAUGCCACUUUGGUUUUGUACUUUUGUAGGUUUAGUUGUCAAUUUGCUUUAGUAGAAGAACUGUGGUAACUUUUUCACCAAUAAUUUCAUUGUGCCGGUAUCCCAUUUUAUAUUCAGCCAGUUUCACUUUACUUCUUCACUCCAAUUAUUAGAGGAUAUUCGUUUUAUCUAAGUUAUUUCAAGUGGUACAGAUGGGCUCAAAAGUUCCUUUUGUUCAGUUCAACAACGGCAACCGGUUUCCAAUUAUCGGACUGGGCACUUGGAAGUCGAAGCCAGGUGAAGUAGUGGCCGCCGUGAAGUGGGCGUUCGACGCCGGCUAUAGGCACAUCGACUGCGCUCAUGUCUAUCAAAAUGAGAAAGAAGUGGGUGAAGCUAUUGGAGACAAGCUGAAGGAAGGUGUUAUCAAACGGGAGGACAUAUACGUCACCAGUAAGUUGUGGAACACAUAUCAUCGUCCAGACCUUGUCAAGCCAGCUUUGAGGCAAACCCUGAGUGAUCUUGGUGUAGCUUACUUGGAUCUCUACCUCAUUCACUGGCCUCAUGCUUUCAAGGAAGAAGCAGGACUUUUCCCGCAAGACAAGGAUGGCAAGACUGUGUACAGUGACGUUGACUACGUCGACACAUGGAAGGCACUGGAAGAGUGCGUCAACGAAGGUCUCACUCGCUCUAUUGGUCUAUCCAAUUUCAAUAGUCAGCAGAUAGACAGGAUUCUGUCGGUGGCCGAGAUCAAGCCAGUCGUCAAUCAGGUUGAGUGCCAUCCUUACCUGAACCAGAAGAAGCUGAAGGAAUUCUGCGAGUCGAAAGACAUCCUGUUGACAGCCUACAGUCCAUUGGGCUCCCCGGACAGGCCGUGGGCCAAGCCGGGUGACCCCCAGCUCAUGGACGAUCCCAAACUCAAGACACUUGCUGAAAAAUACCAGAAAACCAUCGCUCAGAUUCUCAUCAGAUAUCAAGUGAGUUGAAGUGAGACACCUUCAUUUCC